AUGAAACAAAUCGGUGUGUUUCUUGAAAAAAAUAAAAUUUUAACAGAAUUUCAAUUUGGGUUUAGAUUAAAUAAAAGUACAACGACGGCCUUGACAGCAUUUUCAGAUGACGUAAAUAACUCUUUAAAUAAUAAAAAUAUCGUAGUAGCUCUAUUUAUAGACUUUAAAAAGGCGUUCGAUACUUUGGACCAUGAAAAACUGUAUAAUUCACGAAAGCAAUUCUGCGUAUGCAAGUCCGGCCCUGCUAGUAAAUAA